AUGGAAGAAAUUAACGUGAAGGACUUGGAAUUGAAGUCACUGAUCGGAUUCGACGGAAAUCCGUUGAAUGGUCUAUUAUUGCAUCCAGAUGGGGUCCAUCUGAUUUAUCCACUCGGCACCAACGUUACGACGUACAAUUGGUCGACUAAGGUGCAGCGGUUCUUCGUAGGGCUGACCAACAUCAUAUCGGCGGUGACGGUAUCCAGCACUGGGAAAUACGUUGCCGCCGGUCAGGUGAACUAUAUGGGUUUCAGAUCGCCGAUCAUAAUAUGGGAUUUCCAGACCGGCGAGGUGGUGACCAACUAUGAGUCACACAUGGUGCGCGUCGAGUCGGUGGCGUUCUCUUGCUGCGAACAGUACUUGAUUUCGCUGGGAGGCAUUGACGACGGCUCCAUCAUAGUGUACGAGAUUGAAAAGAAAGAGGUGCUGUGCGGCUCUUCGUCAGUGAAGUCAACCGCUGGAAUAUCGACCGUGCUCAAAGCGGUGAACUCGCGCAACAGAUGCUUCGUGGUGGCCGGCGACAACAUGCUGCGGCUGUGGACGUUGAACAGGGAGCAGAGAAACCUGCAAGGGUUGGACACGUCGUUUGCCAAGAUCAAACGGAAGAUCCUGUGCACCGAGAUUGAUCGCCUAGACGAGUACGCGUAUUGCGGUACCAGCACCGGGGACUUGCUCAAGAUCAAGCUGAACUUUCCAGCGGACUUGGCUGUGCAGAAACCGUCCGCGUCGCCAACGUUGGUCGGCUGCUUCGCCAAAUACCCAGCCUCGGGCAAGAAGCAUCCACCCGGGGUCACUGUUGAACUGUAUAGUAGGGGUGUAACGUCACUGUGUCUUUACGGAAACAACGGCGCCAUGAUCGUGGGAUCAGGGAAUGGCGUCGUGGAACUGGUCCGGCAAAAGGUGCAAGUCAAGCAGCAGCAGAAGCACUACAAGAAGAUAGAGACGCGACUGGCCACGCCCACGCACCCACUGCUGCUGACUGUCCUGUCAGCGGACGUCGAGUCGACCGUGACCAGCAUACAGCUGAUGGAAAAUCACACAGUGCUGGUGGGCACAAUCAACUGCGAGCUGUUCACCGUAAGCGUGGCCACGUUUGCAGUGACCCGCAUGUUCACGUGCCACACGUCUGCGGUGUACGACCUUGCGUUCCCACGCGACUACAGCAAGGUGUUCGCGACCGCCAGCAAGAACGACGUGCGCGUCUGGUCGGUGGACACGCUCCAGCAACUACUACGGGUCACCGUCCCGAACUGCACGUGUUCUGGCGUACUGUUCUCACACGACGGCUCCCAGAUCAUCAGCUCUUGGAACGACGGCCGCAUCCGGUCGUUCACACCGGAAUCUGGCCGGCUGCUGUACACCAUACACAACUGCCACAACAACGGCGUGUCGGCUAUAGCCAUGUGCAAGGACGGCAUGAAGCUGGUGAGUGGCGGCGGCGAUGGGCAGGUGCGCGUGUGGCAGGUGAACGGCACCAACGGCACCCUGAUCGCGGUGCUCAAAGAGCACAAGGGUGCGGUGACGUCCAUCGACCUGCACCGACUGGGCCAUGAGGCGAUCACGUCCAGUGCGGACGGCACGUGCAUAGUUUGGGACAUUGUCCGGUACACGCGGCUGUCGAUAAUGUUUUCAUCGACGGUGUUUACAAGUGCCAUGUACCACCCAAACGGCACCCAGCUGCUGACGAGUGGAACCAACCGGUAUAUCGGAUUCUGGGAGGCACUCGAUGGGUCAUUGAUCCGGGAGAUCGAGGGGUCCGCCGUGGCCGCGAUAAAUUCGCUGGACAUCACGCCUACAGGCAAGUACUUCAUGACCGGAAGUUCGGACCAGACGGUGAAGGUUUGGCUGUACAAUGAGGGCGUUCCCACACACGUGGGCGUGGGCCACGCGGGCGUCGUAACCAACGUGAGGGUGAGUCCGGACGGCCAGUAUUUGGUAAGCACGAGCGUGGACGGAGGAAUAUUCCUGUGGUGUUUCCCACACGACCUCGACACCCCACCGCCUAGCAGCCGGUGUUCGACAGUCAGUGGCGUCAGCGCGGGUGAACAGCAGACGAUUCGGUCGCGCCAGCUAUCGCUCAAGAAGUCGAUGUCGGUCCGGAAAGAGAACAUCUCCGACAUAUCGUCGGGGCAAAAGGUCAUUUCGGUGUUGGAGGACGGUGGGGCCGCCGGUGACGGGGACGCAGCAAGGGCCGGUGGCAGCGGUGGCCCAAGAAUUUGCAAAUCGUCGUCGUCCAUCCGAUGA